AUGGACGGUGUUCCCCUGGAGGUGGCUCUCAUGCAGAAGGCCGGAGGUGAGCCAAACGCAGUGGGGGUGUUUGCUGCCGUCACCCUCCUGGACUGGUACCUUAUGGAUCAGGACCUGCUCAUUGUGAUGGAAAGGCCCCCAGCAUCCAUGAAUCUUCUGGAAUACGUGUCCUGCAGAGGAGGUCGCCUGGAGGAAGACGUGGCUAGGAUUCUUAUGAAACAGAUAGUGGACGCUGCCAUAGACCUCCAAAAUAAGGAGAUUUUCCAUAGAGACCUGAAGUGUGAAAACACACUGGUGGAAAUGGGGCCGGAGCCUCGCAUCCGAAUUAUUGACUUCGGCUGUGGAAGCUUCCAGAUGAAGAAAGUCUACAAACGUUUUAGUGGUACUCUUGUAUUCGCCCCCCCAGAGUGGUUCAGCUGUAGAAAAUACAGACCUUCUCCGACCACGGUUUGGCAGCUGGGCGUCAUCCUGUAUCAAAUGCUGAACAGGCAUCACUUUGACACCAAACUUUUCACACAGGGCCUCAUUAAGUUCAACAGAAAACUUUCGAAAGAGUGCCUGGCUUUUCUGCACCAGUGUUUGGAGGAGGACAGUAGGAGACGACCCUCCCUGGAGGAUCUCCGUUUUCAUUCCUGGCUCCUGCCACUGAGGCCCGUCCCUCAAACCCUCCUGUCACUGAGCCCCGUCCCUCAGGGAUCCAUCCUGUGA